UAAAACAGAAGUGAUUACCGAUGAUGAUUUUAUUGAUGAAAUGCUUUUUUAUGGGAAAGUUUGGGGUCUUGCACAUAUUGCUAUAAACAAAUGCAUGUUACAUCGUGAUAAUGAGUUUAUUCUGUUAAUUAAAAAUUAUUUGAAUAGAGUUCGCACUAGAGAGGAAGAAUUAGUUAGAUUACAAGAAGUAGUGGUCUCAACUAGUCAAAAUAUUGUUAAAAAUACAGAGGUUAGUAUGAUUCAGCUUGAGAAUCCUCAGAAAGUAGUUGGUAGAGGAAGACCAAAAGCAGCAAGUCAUCAUAAUAAGAUAUCACGAAUAUUACAAUACAAGAAGCAA